UUAAAUAGCGAGGGAAUUGAAGAAAAAAGAAAUGAAACUAAAGCAAAGAUAAAGUUGUACCAUCUUCCUUUUAAGUUCCAAUUCGAAACCCUAAUUUUUUUUUUUUUCUUUUUAAUCAGAUAAAGAAAUGGGAUUGUGGGAAGCCUUCCUCAAUUGGCUUCGAAGUCUCUUUUUUAAGCAAGAAAUGGAGCUAUCCUUGAUAGGCCUUCAAAAUGCUGGGAAAACAUCCCUUGUGAAUGUUAUAGCUACUGGUGGAUACAGUGAAGACAUGAUCCCAACGGUAGGAUUUAAUAUGAGGAAGGUGACUAAAGGAAAUGUAACAAUAAAGUUGUGGGAUCUUGGAGGUCAACCAAGGUUUCGGAGUAUGUGGGAGCGAUACUGCCGUGCAGUUUCAGCUAUUGUUUAUGUUGUUGAUGCUGCUGAUUAUGAGAACUUGCAUGUUUCAAGAAGUGAACUCCAUGACUUGUUAAGUAAGUCCUCACUGAAUGGCAUCCCAUUGCUGGUUCUCGGAAACAAGAUUGAUAAACCAGAAGCCUUGUCUAAAGAGGAUCUGACAGAACAAAUGGGAUUGAAGUCUAUUACUGAUAGAGAAGUUUGCUGCUACAUGAUUUCAUGCAAGAACUCUUCAAACAUUGAUUCGGUUAUUGAUUGGCUGGUAAAGCAUUCAAAAUCAAAGAAUUGAGUGAUCAGCUCCUGUAGUUUUGAGCUUGUAUUGGCUCCAUUUAACCGACUGAUAUUAGACUGGUGAAAGUGACUUAUGCUGUUUGUCUAAUCAAAGGUUUAUAAAUGUGUGAGCAUUGUCUUUAUUUUAGUCGGCUUCAAUCAUAUAUUAUAGCAUUAUUUGGGUUGGCAUUAGAAAUUGGGAAACAUCCUUGUAUUAUUGUUAGGCUAUAAAGCGAUUUGAGUCUUGUAUAGAUCUUGGUGUGAAUUGCAUUGUAAACUUGCUAUUUGAGCUGUGUUUUUAAUGAAAUAAUGGUUUUAAUA